UGACAAAGAAUUAGGGCUCACACGACCCCAAUCCUAUUUUCCUCAGUCUUCAAUGUCGCAAGGAAGCUGUUCAUCCCAAAUUAGGUAUCGUUGUGGCAUCAUUACAAACCACUUCACUUCAACGACUCCAUUAAACUCUGGAAGACGAUUUUAUAAAUGUCUGAAACCUAAGAAUUGUUCUUAUGGUUAUUUUGAAUGGGAAGAUGAAAUCUCGUUGAACAGUGAUUUGGUUACAACUAAAGUUCUAACAUCGUCUUGGGAAGCGAUUAAAAUUGAUAGGGAUAAAUUGAAAGAAGAAUUAAUUGCCAUGGAGGCUCUACACCAAGCUGAAGCUAUAAAAGUAAUAAAAUUGGAAGAGAAGGUUUUGAAGACGAGGAUGAUGCUUAUGGUUUCAUGGGCACUUUUUGUUGGAUUUGUUGCGGCGUCGAUGAUAAAGUGAAUUUUUGUGAAUCUUGUUGAUGUGUAUUUUUGUGAUCUUUUUUUAGUGAAUAUGUAUUGUUUUCAGUUUUCUUCUCGUUUGAGU